AUGGAUUUUUCAAAUUUUUUAAAUUUUUUUUCAAAUUUACAAAAUACUAUUGGUUGGUAUCAGCUUCUAUUUUUUACAACAUAUUUUUUGGUUAUUUCAAUGUUUUGUUUGGUAACUUGUAGUAUUUUUAUAUGCAUUGGUCAUUUUAAUAAUAUUUGUUGUCCAAAUGUUGAUGAACCAUUAAUUGGAGAUAAUGUUGAAAUUUUACAAAGUAUUAAUGAAACUCCAGAUAUGUUAUGGUCAAGAUCAAAUAAUAAAGCUGUAAGAAUACGAAUCGAUCAACAUAAAUGUUAA